CUUCUUAUCACGAAUUACCUCGUCACAUUUACAUGGCUCCUGCUGUUUGUGGCCUUUGCUGUCCCUGUCGGAUUGUGGACAAUGUUACAUACCAUUUGUCGGGAAGAGACAGAGUAUUGGCGAAAUAUCAGCGCUGACAAGGACGAAACACUAUUCACCUACACGUUCAAUUUGACACAUUAC